AUGAGAACUCGGUUAAUCGAUUUAUCGAUCUGGCGCCGGCGUACAGAGCCCUGCGUAGUCAUCUCCAGUCUUGCGCCGUCGGUGGAUGAUUGGCCUACGUGCCUUAUAAUUGUCGCUUGUUCUGCUGCUGCUGCUGCUGCUGCUGCUGCUGCUGCUGCUGCUGCUGCUGCUGCUGCUGCUGCUGCUGCUGCUGCUGCUGCUGCUGCUGCUGCUGCUGCUGCUGCUGCUGCUGCUGCUGCUGCUGCUGCUGCUGCUGCUGCUGCUGCUGCUGCUACCUCUGACGAUGGACUCCUCUACGAGUCUUAA